AUUAAGUUGUCCAAUGAAACUCAAAAAGGUAGCCAUUUUACAUGGUCUAAAAGAACCAAGACUUAUCAUAGUGGAGAUCAAAUAAAUUGUGUGCAGACUUCAAAUCAAAGCAAAAGUUAUAUUAUAUAGCAUACAGUUUGCUAUACAGUUUAUAUUACAAGUUCUUGAAAAGAAUCAGUGCCAAAAACUUGACACCAGGAGAGGAAUGGGGCUUGUAAAAAAAAUUGGGAAGUAUCAGCUUGGUAGGACAAUUGGAGAAGGUACAUUCUCUAAGGUUAAGCUGGCUGUCAAUGGCAACAAUGGUCAGAAGGUUGCGAUCAAGGUCAUUGAUAAGCAUAUGGUCCUGGAAAACAAUCUUAAGAAUCAGGUUAAAAGAGAGAUCAGAACAAUGAAACUUCUCCAUCAUCCAAAUAUAGUUAGAAUUCACGAGGUUAUUGGCACAAAAACGAAGAUAUACAUUGUGAUGGAAUAUGUUUCAGGAGGACAGCUAUUCGACAAGAUAUCCUAUGGAGAGAAGUUGAAUGCAUGUGAGGCAAGAAAACUAUUCCAGCAACUUAUUGAUGCCCUGAAAUACUGCCAUAACAAAGGGGUUUAUCAUCGAGAUCUCAAGCCAGAAAACUUGCUUCUUGACAGCAAGGGAAAUCUCAAAGUGUCUGAUUUUGGAUUAAGUGCAUUGCAAAAGCAUAACGAUGUCUUAAACACGCGGUGUGGAUCCCCAGGCUAUGUGGCACCUGAGCUGCUAUUGAGCAAGGGGUAUGAUGGAGCAGCUGCUGAUGUUUGGUCAUGUGGGGUGAUCCUUUUUGAAUUACUUGCAGGCUAUUUACCAUUUAACGACCGGAACUUGAUGAACUUAUAUGGAAAGAUAUGGAAGGCAGAAUAUAGAUGUCCCCCAUGGUUUACUCAGAAUCAAAAGAAACUAAUUGCCAAAAUACUUGAACCACGUCCUGUAAAGCGGAUAACUAUACCAGAUAUUGUUGAAGAUGAGUGGUUUCAGACUGACUACAAGCCUGUUUUUGCAUCUGAAUUUGAUCAGAACAUUAACUUGGAUGAUGUUGAUGUUGCUUUCAAUUCAAUUAAGGAGAAUAUCAGAGAGUCAACGAUACCCAAGUCCUCAAGUUUCAUUAAUGCGUUUCAACUAAUAGCCAUGUCUCAGGACCUUGAUCUAUCUGGCCUUUUUGAAGAACAGGAUGAAAAAAAGCAGAGAACAAGGCUGGGAUCCAAACACACUAUCAAUGAAACGAUAGAAAAAAUAGAAGCUGCCGCAACAGAUGUAGGAUUGUCAAUAGAGAAAAUGAACAACUUUAAGAUAAAAAUGCAACCAAAACAUAUAAUGACUAGGUGUUCUAGAUCAUACCUAUCAGCCCAGGUGAUUGAAGUUGCUCCAACUCAUUGUGUUAUAGAAAUAUCAAAAUCUACAGGAGAUCUAAGAGUGUACCAUAAAUUUUGUGAAAGUUUAUCAAAUCUGCUGAAACAAAAACCUGAUGUGCCAUCACAAAGCCAAGAUUCAGUAGAUCUAUGUGCCGCUGAAAGAAAAAAACAAGAUGCUGGAUGCUACGAAGAGCCAAAAAGUGAAGAUAGCAAACCUCUUCCUGGCUAUAAAUCUGCUUGAAGAUGGACUGAAUCCAUGUCUCUUUCAUUUUAGUGAAGUUCAUGGAAGUUUGACAAGGAUGAAACAAAGUACAAAAAAAAAUCACGUAGCAAAUUUUUUGCUAUGAAUAUUUCUUCUUUGCUCCGUUUCAUCUAUCUUCUUGAUGGAAGCAAUUUUCUUCUUUUUUUCGAUUUUCUUUUCCGUUGUUUUUUUUUUUUUUUUUCAUUCAUUACUCUCUUCAUUGUAAAAUAAUGAGAAAUGGAAAUUUGGCAUUUCCACGGACGGAAAUCCUCUGUCCCAAAAUCCUGUCCCCUUCCCCUAAUCAAAUUGUACCUCCUCAUUUAAUGAGCUACGUCAGCAUCACUGUAAUUUUCACGAAGUUUAACGCUGUUAGUGGUUAGUUACUGUUCCCCCUCA